GAGCAUAGCGCACAAAGCCACAGACCCGGUUGCCCAAGCCUUGUUCUUCGUCACUUAAACACGCACGCUCAGCUGCGUAAUUGCUUACGCUCCCCUAGACCAUUCCCUCAAGCUCACGUUACACCUCGCAACAUGACUUGGGUCCUUGGUUGGCCUUUGUACUACUACGACGCGAUCGAGAUCGCCAAAACGCACAACCUCGUCAAGGAUCCGAAUGCUAACGACGUAGCCUACGCCGAAGCCGCGCAGGAGUGGAUCGCGGACAGAGUUGGCCUCAUUCCGGUGUUCUCUUGCUGGGUCGACGACCUCCCGCAGCUCGUCUAUGCUGCAUACGUCGACUACGGUGAUAGUCCUAAUCCCCCAGCCGAACUCAACCUCGAGGAGAAGAUGACUGACAAGCAAUACCGCCGUCUGAAGGGGGCAAUGCCUCUCAAGGACUUCGGUUGGUACCAACAUAAUGACCCAUCUGGCGUUCUAUACGAGGAGACUGUGUACGACAGCGAUGGGGAUAGUGGCGAGGACAGUGAUGGAGACAGUGACGCGGGCAGCGAAGGCACUGCUCGGAGCGACAACGAGACGGUGACUGACGGUGUAGUCUUGAAAUCGGACAUGUUCUCAGAGGACUCCAGCUCUUCCGAGACAGCCCAAUCACUACUGACGGAGUUCGAUGCGCAUUGCACCGUCGUUGAUUCGCAGCCUUGACACACGGCAAUUCAUCCCGCCUCCUGUGGUUGUACUAUCCGAAUUGUAUCGUUGAUCUAGCACCGUGUUCUGCAACAACUCUCCGUCGCCAUCGAUGUUACAUUGUAUUUUGCCUGCAUGUAUGUCUCAGUUUCAUUACGUGUAAUACCUGUCGUGACUUCGCGGUCGUGAAGGCAAGAACUGGAGGUGAUCUUUGUGGACUACUGUACAGCCCGACACGAGCGUACUAUUAGUGUCUCUGCCCCUUGGUCUUGUCGUUAUGGCAUCUACCCUUUACUCUUACUUCUUGACUACCAUCAACGCGGAAUGAUAUCCCAUGUGUAC